AUGACAACCUCCAUAAAUAUAGCAGAUAAAUGUCAGGCAUUAGAAUUAGUUAAAUAUACAGAAUCAAAUCAAGAAUCCUAUCAAAUACGAACAAUAUCUGUACCACAACCAAAAGACAAUUCAAAUGAUUUACUCGUUAAAAUACAUUCUGUUGGUAUAAAUCCAUUUGAUUCAAUGGAACGUAAUGGUUAUGGUCAUACACUUUUAUCUGUGACGGGUAAAAUUGAUUCUGAAUUACCACGAAUAUUAGGACGUGAUGCUAUUGGCACUAUAGUUAAAAUUGGGCAAGGUAAAACACAAGAAAAAUAUCGUGUUGGGGAUCAUAUUUGGAUCUCAGCAGAUCCAUUAAGAUUAGGUACAUUUACUGAAUAUAUGAUAUGUACACAUGAUGAAUGUGGAUUAUUACCCGAAAAUUAUAAUACCAAAGAUAAAUGGAUAGAAUUAACUGCAAUACCUUUUGGUAUGACAACAGCAUGGACAGCAUUAGUUGCAACAGGAAAAGUAUCAACAGAUAGAGAAUCAGGUCUUGGUAAAAAAGCAUUUCUACAUGGUUCUGGUGGUACUGUCGGUUUAGCGGUAAUUUCUAUUCUUCGUUACUUUAAAUGGUCAACGAUCGUUGUCACAUGUCAAGGUCAAAAUCAAGUUGAAGAAUUACGCCCAUUAGUUACAGAAGUCAUUGAUGUUGAAGAACAAAAAGAAUUUGCAGAUGAAUUAAAGUGUACGAAAAAAGGUGAAUUUGACUUUUUUUUGGAUGGUGUUGGUGGUGCUCAAUCUGAAGAUUUAGCAAAAACAAUUUUGAAAUUGAAUGGACAUUUUGUUACAUUGAGGUAAGAAGAAGAAAGGCUGAUUAGCUGGCAACUAUUAAAAUUCAGAAGAGCAACUUAGUCCGGAAUCAAGGUUUACUAUAAGAAAUAAGAAGAGUGUUUUUUUAUUCACACAAGUGUGUUCUAGAGACUGCUUUUUCGUCUGUUCUAGGCUAAG